AUGGGUAGGACUGAUUCGAUAAUACAAAAGACUCUGCGCCGAAACUUUCGAGACUGCACAGUCCUUACUGUGGCACACAGGUUGUUCACCGUAAUUGACUCAGAUCUCCUAAUUGUAAUGGAAUCAGGCCAAAUUAUUGAGUAUGGCCCACCCUAUCUUCUAGUGCUUCAGGCCAUGGGAAAUGCAUCCGAGGUUGCUUAA